GAUCAUGUGUUACGCCAUCUGACGGACGAAAUGUUCCCGAUCUUAUCCUUCACGGCAAAGAAGGGCCGGUUGUGUCCGCCGUCACCAGGGAACAGCUGUGCAAACUUCUCAGGUGGAAGGCCGGGAUUUACAAGAUUCUUGUGCCUGACCAUGUGCGGAAACUCUACUUUGACGUGGACAAGGCCGAGACCCCGCUAAGCGAAAUCAAGAGGGUCAUACUCGGGGAGUUUCAAAAUGCCCGACUCCAGAUAUCGGGCAGAGAAGGGUCCUGGCACAUCAUCCUUUCAAAUUACUACGCGCAAAACCUGGAGGCUAUGGGACCCGUUGUGCGUUUCGUCCAUCAAUACAAAGAGCUAGGAUUUGACACCCAUGUCUACACGAAAAAUCGAAACUUCAAGUGCAUCAACCAGGCGAAGCCCAAUCAACCCAGGCAAGCUUACAUCGAGGGAGACGCGGAAUGGUCAAAGCAUCUAAACUCGCCACGAAACGGCGAGACGGCUCCCCUGCCACCAAGUUAA